UGUCUGACUGGACAACAACAAGGACUGGCCCUACCCCCCUGGAGGAAAUGGCCAAGCAGCCUCACCACCAGCAGAGGAAAACUUCCUUCCUCUUCAUCCAGGCCCCCCCUACCCGAGCUCCCCCCGCACCAUGGACAGCUGCCCCAGGGGGCCUGGAGGAGGGACACAUUUCCCCAAGUCCCAGACCAGGCUUCUUGGCAGGCCAGGACCUCAAGCUCACACAAGGCCGGGCUGCUCCUCCCCAGAGCCUGCUGCAGAAGGGGGGCCGUGGAACAGAUGGCUCAGCUGCUUUCGGUUGCUCUGUGCCACAGAAGGAGAAGAAGGAGGAGGAGGAGGUAGAGGGAAAGCCCUGGAAUCUGGAUGUGAGGAGGGGUGGCCUUUGCAGAGCCCUACACCACAAGCAUUCCCUGGAUCCUGCCUUUGGGAAACUUGGCCAGCCUUGGUCAUGCCGACUUCCUAGCCCAGCUCCUGACAUGAGCACUGGAGGCAGCCAUCCGCCCGUGGGUUGGAAGCACUGGCCACUCAGCACUGCCCCUCAGGACCAGUGGGGCCUGGCCCUUCAGCCUUGGGAUGUCUUUGGAUGCUCGGUUCCGCAGGUCACCUGGACCUAUGCUGUGGAUAUGGGCGAAAAGGCCUUGCUGGGAAGAGGAGCUGCCACCUGCCAGGCACUUUCCAGGAGCUGUGACGAAGCCAUGGACACCACAGCACGGGCCAUGAGGGCAAGGCUCUGCAGGUAUGGUCCACCCAUUCAGACCAGCAAGAGCUGCCAGGCACCAGCUGCUGCCCCUCCUCUCAAGGCAGAGACAUUUGUUUGGGUUAACAAAGCAUCAGCACAUUCCCAGAGUGUUGCCAAAGCCAAAUAUGAAUUUCUGUUUGGGAGAUCUGAAGAGAAAUCUCCAGAUGCCAGUGAUCAUGGAGGAAGCACUUUACUCCCACCGAAUGUCACAAAUGAAUUUCCAGAAUAUGGGACCAUGGAGGGCAAUGGAGAAGGCCUGAGGGGUUCUCUCGAGUUGGUGGCAGACUCUCUGCCAUGUGACCUGCAAGGGCAGCAAGAGGUCCAGCUUCUUGCUGGCCACCUCCCUAGUCUAGACAGUGUUACAAAAGGACCAGUUGAUGUCAGAGAGGCCUCUUCUCAAAGUCACUUCAAGGGACAAAGUUUACAACCCAUUGACUCCUUGAUUUCAGCUCUGAAAGCCACAGAAGCCAGAAUAACUUCAGGAAUACUACAGACUACAAAGGUACUGAGCAAAGAUGCCGCUUCUGGUUUUUCAGGUCAGCUGGUGGAAAAGGAGCCAGAAACGGCCAGUCAGAGAAUACUUCGAGCCAACAAAGUGUUCCCUGAUAGCCAGGAAAAAUCACCACAUAUACCUCUUUCAGCCGAAGUUACAACUGAGGGGACUUGUUAUCUGAACACUCAGAAGGAUCUAUCUGCACUGUUAACUGGAGAAGCUCAGACAGAGCUUUCCCAAACAAGUAAUAAUGGGAGGAAAGUAUCUGGCUAUGUUCAGGUGCCAGUGUGUCCAGGGUCCUCUGUGGGCAGUGUUGGUGUUUUGAGAGACAGGAGGCCUGAUAUGGGGAGAGAAGCCCCAGGAGGAUCCCUAGGCCGCACAGGCCGGGUCAAACACGUGGAAUUUCAAGGAGUUGAAAUAUUGUGGACAGGAGGGGAGAAAAGAGAUGUCCGGCAAGCCGCGAAUUUGGGGACAUCAUUGGAAAGGAUGACCUCUCGUGAAAGUAAAGAAUUUUCCAAAGGUCCAAGCCAUCUUGCCUCAUCUUCUGGUUUGCAUAAUUCAGUUGGUUUAACUCAGAGUAUUUGGUACGAAACCCGGAAAGCUUCUGCCGGGAGACCUGGCAAUAGCUCAGGGACAUUUUCUCCUGUGCCUCCUGUUGAGAGUGGCGAGGAUGAAGUCUUCCUAAAGGAAAACACAGAAGAUCAUGAGAGGAAACAUGAAUUGGAGAGAGACAAGGAGAGGAUCCUUGAGCUUGAGGAGCACUUUCGAGAAGGAGAGGAUGACAUCCUUGGGUCUGGGUAUGCAGAGGACUCCACUGAUGUGUACAGCUCCCAGUUUGAAACCAUUUUGGACAACACUUCUUUAUAUUACAGUGCUGAAUCCAUGGAGACUUUAUACUCCGAGCCUGAUAGUUACUUUAGUUUUGAAAUGCCCCUCACUCCAAUGAUACAACAACGCAUUAAAGAAGGUGGUCAGUUCCUGGAACGAACAUCAGCAGGAGGGCAAGACAUCCUGAGUGUCUCAGAAGAUGGUGGAAUAAUGAUGGGCUAUUCUGAGGCCAUCACCAAUGGGCUGGAGGACUCCAGUGAUUCCAUCUACAUGAAAGGCACUCAGGCCAUAGCUUUCUGGGAGAGCAAUGCUGGGGUGAAAACAGCACUGCAGGAGUCUCAUUCUGAAAUGGGGAGCACUGAAAUUCUGGAAAAGGACACCACUGAAAAUCUCAGUAAUGGUACCAGCAGUAACUCAGAAGCAGCCAAAAGGUUGGCUAAACGCCUUUAUCAACUAGACAGAUUCAAAAGAUCGGAUGUUGCAAAGCAUUUAGGCAAGAACAAUGAAUUUAGCAAACUAGUUGCAGAAGAAUACCUGAAAUUUUUUGAUUUUACAGGAAUGACACUGGAUCAGUCUCUCAGGUACUUCUUUAAAGCAUUUUCUCUUGUGGGAGAAACUCAAGAACGAGAGAGAGUUUUAAUACACUUCUCCAAUAGAUAUUUUCAUUGUAACCCAGAUACCAUUGCUUCACAAGAUGGAGUCCAUUGCCUUACCUGUGCGAUGAUGCUUCUUAACACAGAUCUGCAUGGCCAUAAUAUUGGAAAGAAGAUGACCUGCCAAGAGUUUAUUACAAACCUCCAAGGAAUAAAUGAAGGAGGUGACUUCUCCAAAGAUCUACUAAAAGCUCUGUAUAAUUCAAUCAAGAAUGAGAAGCUCGAAUGGGCAGUAGAUGAUGAAGAGAAAAAGAAAUCUCCAUCAGAGGGUACUGAUGAGAAGGCUAAUGGAACCCACCCAAAGACCCUCAGUCGUAUUGGGAGUACUACCAACCCAUUCUUGGACAUUCCUCAUGACCCAAAUGCUGCUGUGUACAAGAGUGGAUUCUUGGCUCGAAAAAUCCACGCAGAUAUGGAUGGAAAGAAGACUCCAAGAGGAAAGCGAGGAUGGAAAACUUUUUAUGCUGUGCUGAAGGGAACAGUCCUUUACUUGCAAAAGGAUGAAUACAAGCCAGAAAAGGCCCUGUCUGAAGAGGAUCUGAAAAACGCUGUGAGCGUGCACCAUGCACUGGCGUCCAAGGCCACAGACUAUGAGAAGAAACCGAAUGUUCUUAAACUUAAAACCGCCGACUGGAGAGUCUUGCUUUUUCAAGCCCAGAGUCCAGAGGAAAUGCAAGGGUGGAUAAACAAAAUUAAUUGUGUUGCAGCUGUAUUUUCUGCACCACCAUUUCCAGCAGCCAUUGGGUCUCAGAAGAAAUUUAGUCGUCCUCUUUUGCCUGCCACUACAACAAAGUUGUCUCAGGAGGAGCAACUGAAAUCUCAUGAAAGCAAACUGAAGCAGAUUACCACCGAGUUGGCUGAGCAUCGCUCAUAUCCCCCUGACAAGAAAGUGAAAGCCAAGGAGAUUGAUGAAUACAAACUAAAAGAUCACUAUCUGGAAUUUGAGAAAACCCGAUAUGAAACGUAUGUCAGCAUUCUGAAGGAAGGAGGCAAGGAAUUUCUGAGUAACAAUACAAAGGAGGCCGCAGGACUAAAGAAGUCACAUUCCAGUCCUUCACUCAACCCAGAUUCAUCCCCAGUCACUGCCAAGGUUAAGCGCAAUGUUUCAGAGAGGAAAGAUCACCGACCUGAAGCACCAAGCAUUAAGCAAAAAGUUACUUAGAAUCCAUCUGUGACCAGGAAGUGCUGGUCAUGGAGCAAUCUAGGGUUUUCAAGAUCUUUCUGGUAAAUCCGUGAAUAUAUUUUUAAAAAGUCUGUGACUAAAUGGUGCAUUAGUAACCUUUUCUAUUAUAUUGUUUGUUAAUUUCUGUACAUACUGUCUCUUUGCUCUUCAUUCUUUGCUUUGAUGAUUUUUGCUACUUGAUAACUAAUGCACCUUUUUUGUGGGGGCGAGGCAAUCAUGAUUUCAGACUGAAUUAUGAAUCACUUCUCCUCUGAUUUUCUUUUAUUUGCACUCUUAUUCAGUUGUUUUAUGUCUUCUCAAAUCAAUUCUUAUAUAUUUUUUAAAGUUAAAACAUCUAAUCCAUUGUGAAACAUUACCUGGACAAAACUUUGUAGUUUAGUAACUUCUAGCCAGAGUUAAUAUAAAAGAGUUUCUGUAUGAGAUCUUACCUAGUCACAGAGGUGGAUUGAGCGCUCACAUGAAUUCCAUUGAGAUUACAAUCCUGGGGACCCAGAUGUUUCCAGGGUGAUGCAGCUACGCUGUGUCUUAGCACUUAUUGUUGAAUGAUGACCCUGCUCAAAGCGCAGGGCGAAGCAGGCAUGAAGAUUGCAGGACAGGAGAAUGUGGGAAGGAUAUUCACUAGCCUGACAUGUUGAUUCCCUUUAAAGCCACUUAAGGAAAGAGGAAGUGGAAUCUUUCUGGUUGAAAAGGAAGGUUGGAAAAAGACUAACACCAUGGAAGGUUGGAAAAAAGACUGAUACCAAGUUCAUUUUGCUUUCAGAAGGACAGAGGCAAUGAUUGACCAAUGAGGAGCUGUAGCAGCUGGCAUGUGUUUAGUCUGCAAGAAAUAGUUACCUCACUGUCUUGGGGUCUAGACUAGGAAUACAGAUCAUCUCUUUUGUCAGUACCCUGCCUUCCAGGAAUAGGUUCUUUACACUAGAGCUAGGAAUAUGGUUAUCUCCUAGUUUUAAGAAUAGCAAGGUCUCCCUAACAAAAUGAUAUUGAAAAUGGAAUCCCUUUUGUUACUUCCUUAAGACAAAAUAAGAGAGGAAGAAGUAGCUGCAGUAAAAUAGUGAUCCUUUCAAAUUAAUAUGAAAGUAGGAGACCUGAACUGUAGAGGAAAACUGAGAGUCUGUUAGUUGCAUAUGAAAAGCUAUCUCAUUUAUUCUUAUCUUGGUCUCUGAUUGUAGUUUUCACUUUGGCACAAUGAACUUUCUCCUGAAAGUACUUUAUUUUAAAUCAUUUCUAGUCACUCAAAAGUAGUUCUGUCAACCUUACAGUCAUGAAUUUGUCCCAGUGAUGAUUAUUUGAAAUUCAGGGUGAUAAAAGAAUAUUCCCAUAUAGAGGAAGAGGAAUAAAAAUUGAGCCCACUAUGAAUGAGGACUUCCUGAUUCUAAAGCCUUGAAACUUUAUGAAGCUUAAAGCUAUGUUCUCCACAAGUAGCAUAACUUCAAAACUAAUAGAAUCACUUCUGAUACGUUUUUCCUCCCACAAAAUUUUGUUCUAGAUUUACUUUGUUUAUUAUUUAAAGGUACUAUGACCAAAGAAUCAGGGAAUCGCAAGAAUAGUAUGAUUGCAGUGAAGGAAACUAUUAGUCCUGGUAAUUUUUAGUGGAAUGUUACCCUCAUGUCCCAGUAUUUAGUUCCAGGAUUACUUCCAGGAUCCAAUACUUACUUCCUUCACCUGUGUAAAUGCCCGUAUUUACAUAGAAAAGAGCAACCCCUUUCCAAGACAGUAACUGCUUCUUCUAUGGUAAAUAUCUUUCCUCAUCUUUGUAAACUUCACUUACCCUCUCUCACACUGAAAUAAAUGACCAAAUUUGUGUUUCAAAACAAACAAAAAAGGGCAGCUCCCACAUUGGCCAUCUCUAUAUGUUCUGACUAAAUUCAAGAUAUUUACAAAGCAAUCAUCUUUUUUCUUAGAAUCUGAAUAAUCAUUCUGUUUUCUGCCUAGAUAUUUAAAGCAAAGAGGAGAGAGGUAUCUUUCUAAGCUUCAAUGACUAAAAAAGAUAAUUAUCAUCAUCAUCCCUAACUAGUUUCUCAAUACAUUAUUCCACUGUGUGAGUUUUCCUGUAUAGAUAGGAUGUUUCUGUAUAGUUAGGUAUGGAGUAGAUAGGUAUGAAAUGGUACCUUUCUAUUGGUGUUUCUGGCAUGUAGACUUGUUCUGAAACAUUCCUUAGCACCAAUGCCAUUACAGUAUUGUUCAUGUUAUGGGACUCACUAAUGUUAUGAACAUGAACUUAAUAGAUAUGACUGGAUAAGAAGGGCAUUUUGGAAGUGUCAGUGUUCUGUGUUUGCAUAGUUUUACUUUAAAAACUGCAAAGCUUAUUUUGUGAGCCAGAUUCCAGAAUGCCGUGGCGUGACGUUUAUUCUCCAGCAAUUUGGCUGAGAACACCUUCUCCCUGAGGCCUCUGAUGGUUGCUCUCUGUUUUUAGUGCAGUUUAUAGACCAAGAGUUUAAUCCUGUGCCAGGAAAUGGCCCCAAACUUGACUAGAUUCUGGGAAUCUCACCCAUAACCAACAUUAUCUUUCAUGAUUGGUUCUGUUCUGUAAUACCUAGUUGGAAGAGAGUAGAAGCAUUUCCUUUACAGCUACUCUGAGCCUGCCACCCUGCUAACGGUACAGGGGAGCGCCCUAGCUCCUUUCCUUCUGAAGGUACUCUUGCUUCCCCCACACCCUUCCUCACUUGCACCUCAUCAAGAGCCUUGGGCAUUCUUAUCAUGUGAUGAAUCAUUAUCCUUCUUUACACAAACACCUUUCAUAGUAAUUUUUAGUACAGAGACUCUUCACCAUCAUUAAAACAACUUGGUGUUACUCUUGUUGCAAAAUGUAUCAUAGAAGAGACCCGUGUCUCAAAGCUUUGGGUCUUUCAGGGUCUGUUCCCACAGUUUAGAUAUUGAUUGACUUUGACAGGAAGGUAUCAGAAAUUUCUGGUCACAAUCCAAGCUGGAUCACUAGCAUGUAGAGUCCUUAUUCUAAUGCCACGCCAUAGACAUUAUUUGGAGUACACUUUUUAAAAACAUCAUUUUGUUGACUUUUAGAAAUGCCUACACAAAACAAGCACUCUGUGCAUUUUAAUUAGUCUUAGCAAAGCCAACAUGUGGGGGGAAUCCUUGGAUGAAACUAGAUUUUCUAGAUUCUAAGUAAGGGUAGAAUCUGACUAUACAAGAACCUCUAGGUUUCAUCGACUGUUGUCCAAAUUCAGAAGAUGAGAACGAUGGGCUUCCUUUCUAAAAACCAACCUCUGGUUGAUUUCUUGAAUUUAUAUUUUACUCUGUGGCCAAACCCCAGAACUAAGACUGAGAAAGAUUUAGUAUAGCCGACGGGAAAGGAGGCUUUUGGCUACACACAGUUGCACACUUUUCAGCUGUCUCCCACUAGCUGCUUAUUCUAUCACAUGAGGAGCCCAAGCAGAUGCUCUUAUGUAAGAUAGGGCCUACUUUGGCCAUGAACUAUAUAGAUCUGCUUUUUUGCAUAACCAUGGACAGUCAGAGGGAAAUUUACUUUAAGAAGGUUCUCUCUUGCUAUCAAGACUUUCUUGGAUUUAGUUACUUAUCAUCUGAAUUGGAAUUCCUCUGGCAUUUUUCUUGCUAGUCACUAGUUAAGCUAUUCACUAGUUAAACAGAUAGUUUCUUAGCUCUGUAGGACCAAAUAGCUGCAGUUUAGUUCUUGGUGAUCCAGGCAAGUUUUCAGUGGGUUGGCAGCCACCCUGCCUCUUUUUAGCAGUGAAUAAUCCCUUAACUUUUCAAAUAACUAAAUUUCUUCCAGUUGCAAAAGUGCCAUUCAACAAAAACCCAAAGUGGCAUUAUAGGACUUAUUAAAGAUAGAGUCAGUACAUUAAAAAUUGUGACUCCAGGUUUAAAUAGCAUUUGCUUUCCUCACAGAGCAGUCUUUCCUGACAGGAAAAGAUCAGUCAUCUUUGCUAGCCAGUGAACCUCUGGACCUACUUUGUACCAUAGCUUUGCAACAGUCUUUCUCUCUGGCUAGGCCACUAGUUGGUCCCGAUGAGCAAAUGUCUCCAAAAGUCUUUUGACAUAUUAUCAAUAGAGAGGUGUUCUGUCACUGCUUCUCAGAUUCCUUUUCUGUUUCUCACCCUCAACAGGAGGGCUAGAGUCAUUGCCAUUCUUCUUUCUAUAUCUACAGUAUCCAGAACCUAAGUGGGCAGCUUUCUGCUCAGGAUGAUAACUGGCCUGUUGCAUGCAGAGAGAAUGUCUUCAUAGAAAGAGUGCCAGGAAAUACUUGAAUCUGCAUGACAGCUUGUUGACUUGAAUGCAACAGCAAGAAACUAUUGCAAGUUUAGUGCUUGUAUAUAAGUAGGUUUCCUUAAGUCUCUUUGGCUCACCCUUUUAGUUUAUUGUGUAUCUGUACUAUUGCAGGCCUUUGGAGAAUAUCCAUUUAGGCAGUAUGUCAGGUGUCAAAAAGCUUUCUGUCAUAAUGUUGUAUUUGUGGAUAUUUAUAGUUGUAUGUAUGUAUAUGUAUUAAUGUGUAGAUUGUAUAUCAAUAUAUGGUAUGUAUAUCAAAUUUAUUUUUGUCUUUAAUGACCAGUGUGAUAUGAAAAGCAAGUAAAAACCUCAUAGGGUUGAGCAUAUAAUGCAGUUAUUCAGAGUAUAUAUGGUGGUACUGUUUUAUUAAACUUAAAUUCAAAUGAUAUUUUGAUUAAAUUUUUUUAAUAAUAUUUUGUGCUAGGAAAUUCCAUCUUUGAACUUUGAGUCACCAGGGCAAAAAAAAAAUGACUCUGAAAUAUAACUUUAUGGAACUAUUUCAGUGUACUGUGUACAAUACCAAGGGGGUAGCUCAUUAUAGUUUGGGAUAUACAGAAAAAAACAGACAGCCUAUGCAGUCUUAACUUCAGUAUUAAGAGCACUUAAACAGGAUGUCAAACUGAUAAUGUUGGACUUAUUACAAAAUGUGAUGCUUUAAAGCACACGUUCUUUAUUGGUGUAAUUAGUCUGGGGGUGGGGGUUGGGGAGGAGAGAGAGAGCUUUCAGAAGAAUUGAAUCAGUAAUCAGUACCCAGCCUGUUAUUGUUGUGCCUGUAUUUGUGUUACAGUAGAAGAAACCACUCUCCUAGCACCACACCCUGACCCUCUUUAUUUUAAAGAAGUAUUAGAUGCAGAAGAAUAUCAAGGCUUCCUAAGCACGGGUACUGUAUUAUAGGUUUGCAGUUGCACAAAUUAGUACUUAUCAUCACAGGUAAAAGAAUUUUAGGAUAGGCUGUGGAUCAGGUUAAAACUUUAUUUAAUAUUUUUCUACUUAGGUCUCUUUUCUUGACUCUCCCCAAAGAAGAGCCACUGCCUUAGUUGUUCGAGCUUACUACUUAUCUUAAUAGUGUGUAAAUAGAUAACUAGAGAUUUAAAAAAAAUUGUUAACCAGCAUGUUUGGUGUAUUUAAAGCAACAACUGUUUGUGCCUGAAUGAGUGAAGAAGUGCAGUGUCUUUGUCUAAACACACUGCCUCACGUUCUUGUGUUUGAUCCUGACAGAAUUGUGGAGUGGGAGAGUCAUCUUUGGUUCCAGGCUGCAGAGGUGCAUUGGUGAUUACACUCAAGUUUUAUUAUUAUUAUUAACUCUAUAGUCUCAAACUAUUUUUACAAAUGUAUAAUAUCUCCUAAUUUAUUCCUGACAUGCUGUGAGCUGACUCUGUGACUGAUCAGCAGGGUCUUUGUUCUGCAAGAGUGUAUUUCCACCUAAGAUUUACAGUGAUUUAGAAAAAAAAAAAAACUAUACAUUUGCUUUAAAAAUCCUAUAGAGAAGGAAUUGUAAAAAGAAAAAAGAAGAAGAAAGCAAGAAUCAUUUGAUCAUUUGGGGGCCUUAAUUGUUUGAAAUGUUUGGAAUUUCAGUAUGGAACCAUGGAGAUUAUAAAGCCAAGUCACCAUUUGGUACAGAUAGCAGGAUCUACUGUACAGCAAGUGUGUGUGUGUAUAUAUAUAUAUAUAUAUAUAUAUAUAUAUAUAUAUAUAUAUAUAUAUAUGCAUGUUGAUCUUUUAUUCCAGAUAAUACUUUUAAAGCUAUAGGAACAAGAGUAUUGAGACCAAACUGAAGUCAGGGACUGGGCUGGGGGAGAAUGUGAGCUGUUUCCCUUCCAUUUGGGGAAGCCACACAUGUAGUCAGUCCCAUGCUCCUGAGAGACUCAGAGCCAGUGUAGUCUCCCCUUAGAUAUGUAAGGAGAAAGGUGUGUGUGACUGGAGCCUCACAUACACACAUGUAUGCACAGGAAAUUCUUUAAGGUAUGAAAAUAUGCUAUAAGUUGGAAUGUUCUAAAGAGGUGAUAAUAGGAAUACAAAGCAUCAGGAAUAUUUUCUAAGGGCCAAGAAAGAGGUUGAGCUCUAUUGUCACUCAGAUACAUUUCAUUUUUAAUAAAUCAGCAAAAGGAGGCAUGGUACAUUCUUUCUGGUGACCCACACCAAAAGCAGCAGCUUCUCCAAUAGCCUGGGGGAGUUCCAGCAGGUUGGUGGUGCACUGUUGUCCAAGAUGACAUUGUACCUUGCAGUGGAGAGCGGUCUUUUGAGAAAGGAAUGCAAAUAGAGAAGCAAUGAAACACUUAGUAGAGGAGUGCUGUAGUGGCUUAUCCACUCUGCCAUCUGAACUAUCUGCUGGAUAUUUGGGCACUUUUCCAUCAACAGUGCAGGUCAACAAUGUGAAGGAACCUAGCCAAAAUAAAUUUCUCUAUAUAGCAAACUAGACUCAUGAAUAGUGUUAUAUCUGUAUAGGUAAAAUAAGCACCUGAGCUUCAAUUCCUGAAAAAUGUUGGUUAAUAGAGAGAGUUCUAGAGUGUCCCUUAGUAUUUCCCUGUAACCUGCAUCAGGAGUCCCAGGAAACUCCCAGCCACAAGGCUCAGUUAAGGACAGCAUUGCAGAUCCAAGGUUCCUGCCUCUGAGCCCUGAAUUCCCAGGGUGCUGUAGAGAGUGGUGGUGUAUCCUCUCUGCCCUCGGCUGUCCACUCCACUGAGGUUUCUACUGAGCAGCAGCACCUCCUGGGUUUCACUUGCUACUUCCCAGCUGUAGGAACCCAUCUGUCUCAAUGGCUUGACCCUGCAGAGGCAAGAUAUCUACUCAGAGUGAUGAGGGUAUUUAAAAUUCUCCAACUGAAGCCAAGACCACAUAUUUAGCAAGAAGUCAAGCCAGAUAGGGAUGAUAUCUCUGCUUCUGCACUCACAUUUCUGGAAAUGAAUGAUAUUUCAUUUCUGCAGGAAAGGUCAAGCCACACUAAGCCUAUUGCUUAGUCAGCCACUCUGCUCAGUCCAGAUGAGAGCUGUUGGGUAAAGGCCUCAGUGCCUCCCUGCAUUCUCUUCUACCUCAUGUUUUAGAAGCCCGUUUCUAGAACAGAAAUUCACAUGAGUGGAGAACCAGCACUGUCAGCCUUGAUCACUGCAGGCCAGGCAUAAGAGGUGGGAGUCUGUAUCUUUUCAUAAAGGCCAAGCUUUUCAUUUGUCCUACCAAUUGACUGUGUUAUUUACUGUGGCUCAAUUGGCAAGGUGAAACAUUCCUUUACCUUCAAAGUUCUCUUCACUGAUCAUUACGAUCUCAUUGCAAUCCUGGUGCCAUAUGUCCCUGCAAAUUGUGAAAGUGAUUAGUGACAAAAUAACAGCCUACUUCUUUUCAGUGGCCAAACUGUCAGCAUUAGCAGUCUUGGGUAAGAUAGUGGUACCAUAUCAUGUACUGGAAGCCUGUUCCUCCUUAUCAUCCACCAGCUUCAAGAAAAUGCCAUUUCCUUGAGCAUUGUGGCAUUUGUGGUGGCCAUCUUUUGAGUGGAACAGUUAUGUGGAUAUGAUUCAAGUGUUUAAAGAAUAUUUUAGAAAUUGAGUUUACAUUUUACAAUUGCUUUAUUUUUUAUUAAAAUAAUUGUAUAUAGAUAUUCCCCUAUUUCACUGGGGGUAAAUCUAAAUCGUGUAGACAAGUGAGUCAGCUGAUACUGUAUAGAAGGUAUGAUAUAUAUAUAUAUAUAUAUAUAUAUAUAUAAUAGUACAUUUCUCUGUUGUGUAAAUGUUCAUAGAUUUGACUGGCUCCUGUGUUUUUAUAAGUUGGGGGUAACCUGUUGUUUUACAACAACAAAAUGUAUUGCAUUUAAGUGGUUUUUAUGUUAUAGAAAUCAUGCAAAAUAGUGAAAGACUUAAAAUAUAUAUAUGACAUAUGUAAAUGUACAAAUUUAGAAAUAAAUUCGACAAAUUUCAGUCA